AAUCUCGCGCAGCGUCAUCUUGGGUUGGGUUGCGUUUGUUGAUCCAGCAGCGAAAAUAGUCUCUCGCUCGCUCGCUGUACGACGCGCACGGAUCUAAUGUGGACCUACAAUCAGUUUAGCGGACCGUAGCUGCUACAGGACAUUCGCGAACGACCGUUAUCUUUAUAUCGUCUAUGUAUUGCAUAGCGGUAGAGACUAGUGGCGUACACAAAUGGUUUGGUCUGAUAGGUGGUCUGCGGUUCUCUCCGUCUGAGCCAUUGGUGUAAGAAACUUUACUUCAUUUAGUGGGUUCAUCUCGGGUUCAUUCUGCAACAGGUUUCUGUAAUAAACCAGCGCUGCAAAGUUGUCUGCCAACAUAAAAUGAGACUGCUCAUUAUAAUGAUACAGUAUAAUGAUGCGUAAAUGAAGAGGAUAAUACAUGCACAAUACCUGCAUAUGAAACAACAAUAAGACACACUUCUUGACUGGCAAGGGGGAGGUCGUUAUAUUCUUUGUAUCUACAAUAUUUAAGGAAAUAUAAGGAAUAUACAAUACCUGGAGCUGAUUUUCAGCAUGAUGCCGAUGUUUUUGACCGUGUACCUCAGCAACAGUGACUUCACCGAGCUUCCUAUCACACCGGAGACACUGUGUCGAGAUGUGGUGGACAUGUGUAAAGAGCCGGGGGAGGUGGACUGCUAUCUGGCCGAGAUGUGGAGAGGAUCUGAGCGUGUGAUUGGUGACAGCGAACGAAUCGUUGAAGUGCUGCAGCGCUGGGGUCAGCAGAGGGCGGAGGUGCGAUUCUUCCUGCGACAUGACCGAGCACCCAGACACGAUACAGGAGGUCACAGAGCUGCAGAGCCUCUUAUCAGGAGAAAUGCUGUAAAGGGGACAGUGGACAGACUCAUGGAGAAUGGAAUGGCGCCCCCUCCUAUGGACAUCACUCUGAGUGAGCUGCAAGAGAUGGCGUCACGUCAACAACAACAGAUCAAUGCACAACAACAGGUCCUGGCCUCUAAGGAACAGCGACUGCAAUUCAUGAAGCUGCAGGACCAGCGGAAGCAGCAGCAGCAGAUUUCUGACCAGGAAAAACUGCGACAGUUGCGGGAGAAUGCUGAAAACCAGGAGGCCAAACUGCGCAGGGUUCGAGCUCUGAAAGGACAAGUGGAACAGAAGCGCAUCAGCAACAGCAAACUGGUGGAGGAAAUCGAGCAGAUGAACGGUCUGUUCCAGCAGAAGCAGAGGGAGCUGGUGGUGGCCAUAAGCCGGGUGGAGGAGUUGAGCCGACAACUGGAGAUGUUACAUGGCGGUAAAAUGGACGUGUCUCUCGAGGCAGCACCGAGCUCCACCGGAGAGCUAGAUCGACUGUAUAAAGAGCUUCAGCUGAGGAAUAAGUUAAACCAGGAGCAAAGUGCCAAACUCCAGCAGCAGAGAGACAGUCUUAACAAGAGGAACAUUGAGAUGGCUGCCAUGGACAAAAGGGUAGCUGAACUGAGAGAGAGACUCUGGAAGAAAAAAGCUGCUCUUCAACAGAACGAAAACUUGCCUCAGCCAGAAGGGCAGAGCUCUCAGCCUACUAGCAUGCCCCGGGUUGCUGCCGUUGGGCCGUAUAUACAGACCACCCCAGCCCCUCAGGUUCCUCCUAGGCAGGAGAUUCUGGUGAAGCCUGCUUACCCCGAUGGCACAGCCACCCUGCCUAAACCGCUCCCCAAACCCACAACAAGUAUUGAUUUCCUGACAAGUAAAAUCUCCAACAUCGAAACCAACAACAGCUCCCAUGGCCACUCCUCCACCCUUCCCCGCAUGACCAGCCACAGCUCCCAGGAAAAAGAUCCUGAAGCAGAUUUGAGACCGCCACCUUUGCCCUUGCGCAAGAACCAGAGUAGUGAGGACCUCUUGAGGGACGCACAGUCUGCAGGUAGAACGUUUGGGAAAGUUCCACCUCCGGUUCCCAGCAAGCCCAAGCCUGCUCUACCAGGCCAGUCAGCCUUCAGCAAACCUCCGUUCAGCACGGGCACUUUCCCUGGCAAGGCCAGAUCAGCCCAUCAGAAACCUCCAAUGCCCCUUCCAUCUCAUAAUAAUACCUUACCUUUACCUCUGCUCCCUAAACCGGACGCUUUACCCGCUGCAGCAGUACCUCCUUUCACAUCAGAGACUUUGGUGGGGAAAGAAACUUCCACCCCCACAACCCUUCACAAGCACAAGAUGGGGGCAGCGAGCAGUGACAUCAUUUCGAUGUACACCCAACACAGCACUCCUGGGAAGGGUCACCAAGGGCAAAGUACGCUGACCCGUUCACAGCCUCGACUAUACGGUAAACCAGUCAUCCCAUCCAGUGGGGGGCAGCAGUCAUAUCCCCAGGACAGCAGUUAUCUUGAGAAACCUAGUGGUCUAGAUGUCGAACAGGUGGUACAGGGUACCAGUGUGGCCCCUGCAUCCUCCUCCGGGGAGGGCCAGGAGACGGAGCGCGUUCCACGGCCCCUCAGUCCAACCAAACUGCUACCGUUCCUCUCAAACUCCCAUCGGCUCCAGAGUGACAUGGACUUGGAGGCCCUGAGAAAGAGACUGCACCAUGCUCCUCGACCUCUUAAAAAGCGCAGCUCUAUAACGGAACCCGAGGGACCCGCCGGUCCCAACAUCCAGAAGCUCCUCUACCAGAAGACCACGUUGGCAGCCAUGGAGACCACCACUGGAACCCCGACAACUUUCUUUCAGGUAGAGGAAGAGAAUGGAGGCCGGCAAGCUGAUGUUGAGGGCACUAGACCCCAAGAGGGACACCAUGAUAUGACGAUACCAGAGUGUGAGAAAGAGGAAGAGGAUCUGACCCCUCCACUCCUUCCUCCUCGAUCUCCUGUCUUGGAAGAUAGCACCAUCUCCAGCUCUGGAUUGAAGGAACCACCUGUGAAGGAAGAACUGGAAGUCUAUGGUCCAGCUGCACCAGAGCCCUAUAUUGAGGAGUACCCACCUUACCCCCCACCUCCAUAUCCCAGUACGACAGAACAGGAGGCACCAGGGGAGGAGAGUGUCAAUAUGAAGGUUCCAGAGGUCACUGGACAAGUCAUGCUACCGCCGGGCAAAAGGACAAACCUUCGUAUGAUGGGCUCUGAGCGCAUCAGCCAUGGGAUGCAUGUGCGGUUUAACCCAUUGGCGCUCCUGCUGGACUCAUCUUUAGAAGGUGAAUACGACUUGGUCCAGAGAAUCAUAUAUGAGGUGGAGAACCCCAGUAUGCCCAAUGAUGAGGGCAUCACUGCUCUGCACAAUGCUGUAUGUGCUGGACACACAGAGAUUGUAAAGUUCCUGGUGCAGUUUGGAGUUAAUGCGAAUGCCGCCGACAGCGAUGGAUGGACUCCACUGCACUGUGCUGCCUCCUGUAAUAAUGUGCAAGUGUGUAAGUUUCUUGUGGAGUCUGGAGCUGCAGUGUACGCCACAACCUACAGUGAUAUGCAGACAGCAGCAGAUAAGUGUGAGGAGAUGGAGGAAGGCUACGCCCAGUGCUCCCAGUUUCUCUACGGUGUUCAGGAGAAGAUGGGCAUCAUGAACAGGGGCGUUGUUUAUGCCCUGUGGGACUACGAGGCUGAAAGUCCAGACGAGUUGUCCUUUAAGGAGGGAGACUGUCUGACCGUUUUACGAAGAGAGGACAGUGAAGAAACAGAGUGGUGGUGGGCGAGAUGUGCCGACAAUGAAGGCUACAUACCCCGCAACCUGCUCGGGCUGUAUCCAAGAAUCAAGCCCAGACAGAGGAGCCUUGCGUAAAAUCUUCAUUCAGAUGCUCCCAACAUCGCCGAACCGUCCCAGAUCAUGGAAAAGUAAUAUACAUUCAACAGCGCUAAUGUGCCUGAGGUUUCCCAGUUAGUUUUGUACUGUUUCAGCAAUGGCUUCGUUCAUAAGAGCAAAAGGAAGUUCUGCUCAAAAGAUGAACGCAUCACAUUUACACUGAAAAAUGUGAAGAAUAAUAGUUUUAUAGUGGUAGGGUGAAUUAGGGUAAUCUGGGAUGUACUGUAUGAUAUUCUUACUUUUAGGAGUAAUUCAGCCAAAAAUGAAAAUUCUGUCAGUGUUUACUUACCCUGAUGUCGUUCCAAACCCUUUGAAUCCAAUGCAUCAUAUUCUAAGUCUUCUGAAGACGUAUGAUAGGUUUUGAUGAGAAGCAACCCAAAAUGUAAGUAUUUUUUUUCUUUUAGUGAAAAUCUAGACACCUGUUGUGCAUUUAUCAGCGCUGUGAGAUUAACUUGCAUUUUUUUGUGUGCUAAAAACAAUGCAAGACUUGGAAUAUGAUGUAAAACUUUUUGGGCACUUUUUAAGAUUAAGUGAGUCACUAUCAGCUGCCAUUGUAUAGAAAAAAAUGGGCCAUAAUUUCCAUUAAGUGUUCCAAAUAAGAAAGAAAUGUCAUACGGGUUUGGAACGCCAUGAAAAUUUUCAUUUUUGGGUGAACUAUUCCUUUAAGCUGAAAAAGUCCAAAAUGCAAACAAUUUCCCAGAUUACCCAUAUUUACCCUAUAAUAUACACUAUAUAUAAGGUUAAAGGCUUUUUUCUAUGUUAGAACAGGUAGACUGAACUUAUAUGCGCAUUGAAGAGGCAGGGUUUAAACAUGUUCCAGUAUAGUUGAACGAAAGAAGUAUUUGUUUUUUUUUCUCCCAAUUUGGAAUGCCAAAUUCCCAAUGCGCUCUAAGUCCUCGUGGUCGCAUAGUGAUUCACCUCAGUCCGGGUGGCGGAGGACGAAUCCCAGUUGCCUCCGCAUCUGAGACAGUCAACCCGCGCAUCUUAUCACGUGGCUUGUUGAGCGCGUUGCCAUGGAGACAUAGCGCGUGUGGAGGCUUCACGCCGUCCACCGCGGCAACCAUGCUCAAUUCACCAUGCGCCCCACCGAGAACAAACCACAUAGCGACCACGAGGAGGCUACCCCAUGUGACUCUACCCUCCCUAGCAACCGGGCCAAUUUGGUUGCUUAGGAAACCUGGCUGGAGUCACUCAGCACGCCCUGGGAUUCGAACUAGCGAACUCCAGGGGUGGUAGCCAGCGUAUUUUACCACUGAGCAACCCAGGCCCGAAAGGAGUAUUUGUUAAUGGUACAGAUGCAUUAAUACAGUCAUCUGAGUAUCAUGUCUCAUAUGAAGUAUGUCAGAUUUAGGAUGUAAUUUUUCAUCUUUUUGAACAAAUGCUGAUUUUCUGCUGAUUUGUUUCACAAACGCCGAUUUGCUUCACAAAAAGUGUGCGCACACAACGCAUUUGUCUUUUGUAGAUAAAAGAGGUUUUAUAUGUUCACCCAAUUUUUUUUUUUAUUCAUAAUGCCAUGUUAUGUAAACAUGUUACUAUGGUGCUUACUGCUAUGCUACAACAUGUUCUGUGAACAGUUAACAAUUUAUUCUACAACGCAAAGACUUCUUUUCAUUUAUGGUAUUAAAAACUUUGAGUCAGAA